CUCCAUUAUCAGCCCACCACGCUUUGGAAAGGAUAACGUGCUUCAGAUCGACAUUGCAUGGAUGAUGUGCUACGGACUUAGAUAAGAACUUUAAUUGUAUACACACAAACACUCCUGUUAAUCACACUCAAUCACUCUCUUGGAUAUCUCAAACAAAUCUGGAUAGUCCAUCAGCCAUGUCGUCGCGCGCAGAGGAGAGUUCUCGCAGCCCCGUCGCCAACCCGGUUCCGUCGUUCUGGAAUGCGGAGCCACGCGCCCUGGACGAUCAUCGCACUACCCCAGAUCUCCCCCAGACCUGCGAUGUCGUGAUUGUGGGUGCGGGCUUUGCCGGUGUAGCCACGGCUUACCAUAUCCUCAAGGACAACCCCAAUCCCCCAUCUAUCGUCCUCCUCGAAGCAAGGAAGGUCUGUUCAGGUGCAUCAGGGAGGAACGGCGGCCACGUCAAGCCCGACACAUACUUCAAUGUGCCCAAGUUUGCAAAGAUCUUUGGUGUCCAGGCAGCUGCUGAGCUUGCGGCAUUUGAGGCUUCUCAUGUCUACGCUGUAAAGGAUCUUGUUGAGGCAGAGAAGCUUGACUGUGACUUUCACUUGACUCGGGCGUUGGACGUCUACCUCGACCCUGAGCAUGCGAAACAGACUGAGGCGGCGUAUCGUGAUCUUAUAAAAACAGGAGCCGUCAAUCUACAUGAUGUUGCCUUCACACCGGAGAAGGAUGCCGAAAGGGUUUCCGGGGUCAAAGGUGCCCGAUGCUGUUUCUCCUUUACGGCAGCCCAUCUGUGGCCAGCCAAGAUGAUCCACCAAUUGCUAGAGGGUCUUCUAAAGAAAGGAUUGAAUCUCCAAACCAACACACCCACACAAUCAGUGUCCUCAACAAAAGACGCCGACGGCAACUGGACAGUGCAGACCCCUCGCGGAACCAUCAAAGCCCGCAAAGUCGUCUUCGCCACCAACGGCUACACCGCACAGAUCUUGCCCGAGUACAAAGACAAGAUCGUUCCCGUCCGUGGCAUCUGCAGUCGAAUUUCUUCGCCCCGAGGCGUGGCGACACCGCAUCUCGUCAAUACGUACGGUAUCCGGUUCGAUGCGCGGAACAACGACUAUCUCAUUCCACGUGCGGACGGCAGUAUCGUAGUUGGCGGCGCGAGACAGCGUUUCUGGCAUCACAGAGAGCAGUGGUUUGACAACGUGCGUGACGACGAGCUUGUGGCGGACGCUGUGUCGUAUUUCGAUGGAUACAUGCAGAGGCAUUUUAGAGGAUGGGAGGACAGCGGUGCUAAGGUUUCAGAGGUCUGGACUGGAAUCAUGGGCUACAGCUCCGACUUCAUACCCCACCUCGGCGAGGUGCCCGACAAGCCUGGGCAAUUCAUCAUUGCCGGAUUCUCAGGCCACGGCAUGCCGGAGAUUCUAGGCUCGAGCAAAGCCGUCGCCGCGCUCGUGAGAGACGGCACUCCAAUUGAAAAGUCUGGCGUCCCUGCUAUAUUGAAGACGAGUAAAGAGAGGGUUAUUCGUAAGGACAAUCCACUCGAAGAAUCGUUGCAGUCGGUUUGGGUGGAUGAUAAGAGCCCUGCGAAGGCCAAGUUGUAAUUAUUGUAAAUUAUACUAGCGCGUAUAUUUAUAUAGCUCCUAGGGGAGA